GAUUCUCACCGCCCAAUCCGCAAUAAUUCACAAUAAAAAUUCCUCCAUAUAAUACAAGUAUCUAUAAACACCAUUACCAUGGAACUCCUUCACUCACCUGCAGCACUCCAAUUAAGCAGCAGACAUUUACAGCACUUUCUUUAUCACCGAAAACCACAUUUCCAAUCCUACCUUUGCAAUUCUAUCAUUUCUACCAAUUCAUUUGGACCCAAAAAACCAAAAUUGUCAAUAACCCAGCAAAAUUCAAUUGACCCAUUAGAUAUCUCUCUGUUAUUUCCUCAUAAUUUCACGUUGUACAAUACAUCUUCAUUGUCAAGGAUUACCCCUUCUAUUUCAUCAUCAACAGUUCCACCCUUGAGUUUUAGCGCAUCAAAUAUCACUGAAAAUGUUCAUUGGAUGGUCAUAAUUGAUAAACCUCCUCAAGGGAUUCAAACUAAAACUGAAAUCAUCAAUUAUUAUGUCAGUAUUUUGGUAAAAACAUUUGGGAGUGAAAUGGAUGCACAAAGUUGCAUAUAUCACGCAUCCUGUAGUACCCAUUUCGGAUUCUGCUGCAUAAUUGGUGAAGAAACUGCUCGUUUUAUUGCUGGUCUGCCUGGAGUGCUAUCUGUUAAGCCUGACCCUGAUAUAGAAUCUGUUAAUAAGGAUUAUGAUGUACACAACAAUCACAUAGAUUCUAUGUCAAAUUCACUGAAUCACAAUGCAUUGCUGUUCCCAAAGGGUUCAAAGUACUGGCUUGUACGCAUCGAACCACUGUCUAGGAGAGUUGUAUCAAAGGCAGAUGCUGUAGACUACUAUGUCAAGUUACUGACCAAAGUUUUGGGGAAUGAGACGGACGCGCAGAUGUGUCUGUAUCAUGUAUCAUGGCAAUCUAAUUUUGGGUUUUGCUGUGUUCUUGAUGAUGAAUCCAUGGAAGAACUAGUUUCUGUACCUGGAGUUUUGUCUGUUCAAACAGAUGAGCAUUUUGAGUCAGAAAAUAAGGAUUAUGGAGGUCAUAGAUUACAAUCCAGUACUUCAGAUUUUGCUCAAGCAAACGACAUAAGCAAAACUAAGCUUUUUAUAACAGGUCUCUCAUUCUACACAUCCGAAAAGACUUUACGUGCAGCCUUCGAACCCUUUGGUGAACUAGUUGAAGUUAAGAUCAUCAUGGAUAAGAUAUCAAAACGGUCCAAAGGAUAUGCUUUUGUUGAAUACUCUAAUGAGGAUGCUGCUACUAAGGCUCUCCAUGAAAUGAACGGAAAAAUUAUUAAUGGGUGGAUGAUCGUUGUCGAUAGAGCAAAGAGGACGCCACGACGUAUCAGGGAACGUGCGAGAUAGAUCGUUGUUAGUUUCAGUUCAAUUCAUCGGUAGGCGAUUGGCAAGAUGCCCAAGUUUGAAAGCUUCACUUGGUGUCCAUCAAACGUUGAGCAGAAGAAAAUGCUAAUUAGACACUGAAAAGACUCAACAGUUAGCACAUACUCCGCAUUGUUGUGCGUGAUGAAUUUUGUCAACUUUUACCAAAAUCACGCUUAUUUACAAUCAUUUCUGUUCUAUUUUUUUUAUACAUACGCUAACAUGAAUUUCUAGAAUGAUUAGCAAAUAUAGAGUUCAAAAAAAUAAAAA